AUGGACAUUGAGAAGGUCAACUCCAUGGGCUUCGGAGAAUUUGUGGAUGUGUUCGGAAACGUCAUCGAGAGAUGUCCUCUGAUCGCGGCCGCAGUUUGGUCCAAGCGCCCGUUCUCUGGCUUGGGAGAUUUAGAGAAGCACUUUUUUGCCUUUAUUGAUGGUCUUCCACUGUCAGGCCAGGAGGGCGUCCUGCGCUGCCACCCGGAGCUGGCGGGCCGCCAGCUGCAGUGCGGCCGGCUCACCGCCGAGUCGCAGCGGGAGCAGAGCGCCGCAGGCCUGCAGAACCUGGGCGCGGCCGAGCGGCUCCGGUUCACCGAGCUCACCGCCCAGUACCGCACGCGCUUCGGCUUCCCCUUCGUGCUCGCCGUGCGCCUCAGCGACCCGGCGGCCGCGCCCCGCGAGCUGGCGCGCCGGCUGCGGUGCCCGCCGGCGCAGGAGCUGCGCACCGCCUUGGGCGAGGUGAAGAAGAUCUGCCACCUGCGUCUCGCCGACCUGCUCGGGGAGCAGCCGUAG